AUGGAGAUCACUAAAGAGCCAUGGGGCUAUUCAUGGCGGUCGUCGCGGAUUCUCAUCGUUUCCUCGAUUACAGUGGCUUUGUUCGCAGAGACAUUUUUGUUCGGGUUUCUUACGCCAAUUCUGAGUUAUAUGCUGGAGGAACGACUGCAUAUUGAUCCAUCCCAAACUCAGAGAUACACUACAGCCUUACUCACCGGUCAUGGAUUUGUUGGUCUGGUCUCGGCUCCAAUCAUUGCUUACUUGGCCGAAAAGACUGCAAGCCAAAAGACGCCACUUUUGUUUUCGCUGGCAGGAUGUCUCGUUGGGACUUUGAUGAUAGCCUUUUCUACCUCCGUUUGGGUUCUGUUCACGGGUCGCGUCCUGCAAGGUGCAGCGGGGGCCGGCACUUGGGUGGUUGGAUUUGCUCUCCUCGCCAACAAUGUGGACAAAAAGAAUCUGGGAGCUUCUAUGGGAAUGGCAAUGUCAUUUGUCACUGCGGGAAUGGUCGGAGGUCCAACAGUCAGUGGUGCUUUGCUGCAGAUGUUUGGGUACUGGACUGCAUGGUCGCUCCCCUUGCUUGUCCUGGCUCUAGAUAUUAUCGCCCGAUUGGUCAUGAUUGAGCCUCAGCCAAGCUCGCAUAAAGACUUGAAAACCCCCGACAAUUCUAUCGGCGACGAGAAUUCACCCGAAGAGUCAACUGCCCUACUAUCUGACGCCCAACCCACCAAGCAAAGUGAUUAUGGAGUGGAAAGCCAAGGCGAUCAAAAGCGAAAGUACUACAAGGCCAUGCUCUCUGAUGCUCGAGUCUUGAUUUCUUUGGCGAAUGUCGUGGUAGUUGCGUCUCUGAUGUCCGGAAUCAACAACACCCUCCCUGUUCAUCUGCGGGAUGUCUUUGGGUGGAAAAGUUUCCUCAUCAGUAUGAUGUUCUUCUGUCUUCAGGUUCCGAAUAUUGUUCUCAGCGGCCCGGCUGGAUGGCUACGUGAUCGACUUGGACUCCGAGGCCCUACUACCUUUGGCUGGGUGGCGACUGUUCCUUUGAUCUUGCUUAUGGGUGCCCCCGGUGAUUCUCACUUCCCGUGGGCCAGCGGCGAUGCAGCUGGAAAAUCAAUCUUCUCAUGCAGUUUGCUUGCUUUGGGAAGUGUCCUUCCUCUGGUUCGUGGUGUUGGAGCUGUUCAAUUGGCCUGUAAGUUUCCCGAUGCCAAUUUAUCAUCGACUAAGCUUACCAUGCUCUCAGACGUUGUGAAGGACAUGGAAGCCAAAGACCCGCGUGUGUUUGAGGCUAACAGAAGCAACCUGCGAGUGUUUUCCAUGACUGAGGUGAGCUUCAGUCUUGGAAUGAUGCUUGGGCCUCUUUUGACAGGAUCAUUGUUUGAAACCAUUGGGUUUUUCUAUAUGACUGUGGCUUUGGCUUUCAUCUGCUUCAUCCAGGCGAUUCUUUCGUGGCGUUGGUUAGACACCAAGCUCCCCAGUCUAGAAGCCGAAUCCUCUGCUUAA